AGAGAGCUGGUCUUUACGUUCGCUGGCAGCUGAAACUUUCGGCAACCUGCAUGAGCAGCGUUCCAGGCCAGCACGCUUGAAUGGCGCAUGACAGUGCACCUGCUUACUUUGGCAGUCAUGCACUCGACCAUGCCUUCUGCGGCGUCGGGGGCUCAGUCGUCUCGACGAUGGUCAUGCAGCCACUCGAUCUUGUCAAGGUGCGCUAUCAGGUCGGCCAGGCAGGUCCAUCCCGCCUGCCCGUGGCAUCUACGUCCAGGACAGACCGCUCCUCUGGCCGGAGGGCACUGAGCAGAAGCAAGAUCGUCAAUACCCUGCAAGACAUUGUCCGGCAGGACGGCUACAAAGGCCUCUACCGCGGUCUGAGCCCCAAUCUGGCAGGCAAUGCAGCCUCAUGGGGGCUGUACUUCCUGUGGUACACCAUGAUCAAGGACAGCAUGCUCGAGCGAGCGAGCCGAGCCAAUCCGGACAGCAAAGGCAAGGGCAAAGAGCGACUGUCAGCCGCCUCACAUCUUGCUGCCUCUGCGGGCUCGGGUCUCAUCACAGCCAUCAUGACCAAUCCGCUCUGGGUGGUCAAGACCCGCAUGUUCACCACCUCCUCGCCUUCACUGAACACCAAUCGUGAUGCUGCAGCGGUGACCCAAAGGCCGUUUCGCAACGUUUGGGACGGUCUCGUCACCAUCGCCCGCCAUGAGGGUCUCAGGGGACUAUAUCGAGGGACUGCACUUGCGCUCAUCGGCGUCAGCAACGGUGCUAUCCAGUUCGUUGCUUAUGAGGACCUCAAGGCUCGUGCCAGAGAUCGCGCGCAACGUCGGUCCCGCGCACAGGGCCGCGACGGUAUACGCGACGAUGAGGACGUCGAGCUCUCGAAUCUUGCUUACAUUGCGAUGUCGGGCUCGUCCAAAUUGCUUGCGAUCGCAGUCACUUACCCAUAUCAAGUCGUGCGCUCACGCAUCCAGCAAUAUGCCUACAUACCCAUCGGCAAAGGGCCGACGGUUUCUGGCGCCUAUUCCUCGAUACCUGACUGCAUCGCCCGCACGUACAGACAGGAGGGUCUGCGAGCAUUCUACAGGGGACUCGGUACGAACGCUGUGCGGAUUCUGCCGGGAACCUGCGUAGUUUUCCUCGUAUAUGAGAACUUGUCGACAUUGCUGCGUCGCAAAGCCCGCGAGCGCGAAGCACGAGCGCAGCACGAGCUCGAAUUGAAUCAUGCACGACCGCCAGUAAGCAUACAGAAGCGUAGAGCAGAAUGGUUAGGCAAAGCCGAACCGCCCUCGGGGCAUUCGUAA